AUGUCAGUUUCUGAUCUUCUUCUCGCCUCGCUAAAUCCUGCGACGCGACUUGCCGCGGAAAAACAGCUAGACGAAGCGUCGAAACAACCUGGAUUUCUGUCACAUCUGUUGUCUCUGCCCUUGAACAAAUCGAAUCCUCCAGAAGUACGAACUGCAGCCAGUAUUUAUUUCAAGAAUACAGUCAAGAGGCGAUGGUCCCCCGACGAAGAAGACUUUCCUAUCAAUGAUACCGACAAAGGCGCGGUCAGGGCGGAACUGGUUCCUGCUAUGCUCGCUCUCUCCAAGUCUGGCGCAGACAAGAGUGAUCGAUUGGCAAGACCCCAGCUAGCUGAGAGUUUGGCAAUAGUUGCUGGCGAGGACUACCCUGAUCGUUGGCCAACGCUCAUGGAACAAUUGACUUCCUCUUUCUCCGAAACUGACUACAACGUCAACGUCGGUGUGCUUGAAGCCGCCCAUGCAGUCUGUGCCCCAUGGAAAUCUCAGGUUCGGAGCGACAGGCUAUUUUCUACCAUCAAUGCCGUGGUGGGCGUACUUGGAACACCACUUUUGGGCAUGUUUAGGCACGUCACAGGCAUCUUGCUUGGAGGUGGCGCCACAGGCUUGCCAGAAGAGCAGCAUAGGGUUUUAGCUCAAACGCUACAUCUGCUGUUGUGUCUUUAUGAAGACUUGGUAGACCAAGAUAUUCCGCCCGUGUUUGAAGACUCGGUUCCAGAAUUCUUUGGAGUUAGUGGAGGAGAUGACGGCUUGUUUUUGAAGAUUUUGGCAUGGAAUCCGGAGGCGCUUAAAGGAGAUCCCGAGGAACCAACCCCCACGCCCGUUCACAAUGCUCAUCAAGUCAUUUUCGAAAUCGCAGAACUCUUUGUGCUCAAAUAUAAUGAACUCUUCGAAACACGUAUGCCUGCAUUCGUACAGGCCGUGUGGGAGAUGGUUGGAAGAAUGGGUCCGGAGGUCAGGGAGGAUGGUGUCUUCGCCCAAUCUGUCCGCUUCCUCUCAGUCACAGUCAAGUCCGGUCUUCAUACUCAGCUCUUCUCCCAAGAAUCCACCCUCCAAGGCCUCUUCACGCGCAUUGUCUUGCCAUCUGUUCCCCUUCGCCAGCAUGAAGUAGAGCAAUUCGAGGAUGAUCCUCUCGAGUACAUCCGUCGCGACUUGGGCUCCGGUUCCGCCGCUAGCGCUGGUUCAGGUGCCGUGGAAGUGACGGGAAGGCGAGGUGCCGCAACGGAUUUGCUACGUGCGCUGAUGGGUGUAGGCCUCGAGGCUCAGAUCACCGCUAUGGUGAACCAGGCUGUUGAGACUCUUGUCGCCAAGUACAAAUCUGGUGAAGGAGGGGAGGAGGCUUGGAUGCACAAGGAUACGGGAGUUUAUUUGUUGAGUGCCGUAGCGGCAAGGGGAAGUACUAUGCAACACGGUGUGACAAGCACCAACAUCCAUGUCAACGUCGUACAGUUCUUCCUCGACCACGUUGCCGGCGAUUUGCAAGCCCCGGCUGGGAGCAUCCACCCAAUUCUGCAGGUCGAUGCGAUUCGAUUUGUGCACAUGUUCAGGAAUCAGUUCACGAAGGAGCAACUGCUCCCUGUCUUGCGCCUCCUUGUUACCCACCUUUCCUCCAAAGAUUAUGUCUGUUCGGCCUAUGCAGCCAUCGCGAUCGAGAGAAUUUUAUUCAUCAAGAAUGGAGGAAAGCUUCUCUUUGCCCAAGCUGACAUUCACGACUUUGCCAACGAUAUCUUGUCGGCGCUAUUUACUGUGAUCGAGAGCGGAGGGACACCCCAGAAGAUUGCAGAGAAUGAUUAUUUAAUGAAAUGUAUUAUGCGCGUAAUUCUCACUGCUCGACAGACCCUCACACCCAAUUACCUCACGGUCCUGACGAAAUUGGUCAACAUCCUCGGCGCGAUUAGCCAGAACCCAAGCAACCCGAACUUUAACCAAUAUACGUUCGAGAGUAUAUCUGCCCUUAUGCGGUUCGUAUGUUCGAGUAACCCUCAGCUCGUGGAACAAUUCGAAGGGCAGCUCUUCGGCCCAUUUACGGUUAUCAUACAGCAAGACGUAGAUCAAUUCAUUCCCUACGUCUUCCAAAUUCUCGCGCAGAUGCUCGAAAUUCACACCAACACGGUCCCACCCGCAUACAGCUCGCUGGUUGGCAUCCUCUUUACCCCUGCCGUUUGGCAACAACGCGGAAAUGUUCCUGCCCUUGUGCGUCUGAUCAAGGCAUUCAUCUCCAAGGAUCCCAAUAGCGUGGACGUCCGAACGGUACUCGCAGUUGUUCAACAGCGUCUGAUUCCUUCCCGAGUAAACGAUGUCUAUGGGUUUGAACUCUUGGAGAUCCUUCUCGCUAACCUUCCGGUUGAGACCCUCGGGCCCUUGUUCAACGGGAUCUUGGUCACUGUUAUGACGCGACUCCAAGCGAACAAGACACCCGCAUUUUCAUACGGGUUUAUGCACUUUGCGUGCGCCGCGAUGGCGUCUCGUGCCGAAGGCAUGGGACCCGAUUUUUUCAUCGGCGCUGUUGAAAGCGUUCAACCAGGACUAUGGACCCAGCUGCUGACUCAUGUCAUCCUGCCCGAAGUCCCGCGUACUCAACUUCGCGACCAAAAAGUGGUCUCGGUCGGACUGACGCGGUUAUUGGUACAGAGCCAGCAUAGCGUGCAAGCCCCGCUGCGAACGUGUGGUGAGUUGCCUUCUAGUUUAAACCCGUCGGAUAUGACGAAUGAUGCGAUGUUAUUCCCUCGUGUGCCACGCGACCAUCCAACCUUCUUGUCCCGAUACGAAUCUACAUUGAUGCUUCGUGAUGUUCAUUGGGGGCGUAUUUUGUGCAGGCCGCGUGUUCUCGAAGCUAUAUUGGGACUGUACACUUCGCCCGCAGCGCUCGCCAAGUCGAGCACCGAGUCGGCCACGGGCGAUGAUGUGGUCACAGCCAUCGACUAUGAAGAAGCCGGGGCCGGGUACCAGGCUGGGUACUCGCGUCUCGCCGCAUCCGAGGGGGGCAAGACGGACCUUGCGUCGUAUGUGCAAGACCCAAGGCAGUACCUCGUCGAGCAGCUCGGUGCGGCGCUCCAGGACUCGAGCAAGCCCAUCAGGCAGCUUCUCGCCCAGGUCGAGCCGGACAAGCUGAACCAGCUGACGACGGCGGGGCUGACGAUCUAG